CCUAGGUUUUCUUUCUCUGUCUUGACUCUCUAUCCCUCUCCUCUGCUCAAACCCAGCGGUGGUCUCGGUCGACCUUCUCCUUGCACCCACCACCACCACCGCCGCCGAACCGCCAUCAUCCGGCGGUGAUAUUCCGAAUACAGGCUGUGCACCACCAACUGUGUUGAGUUGAGGUAAGGUAUAACACUUCCUAAACACACAUUUGAGUUGUAGUGUUCAUUGCUUGGUUUUGGUUUAGUUUUCAUUGGCAUAAAACAUAGUUGUAUGUAUGUUUGUGGUGUUUGGGAAUCUCUCUCUGCUUUCGAUAUGAGUGUUAAUGUCCAUGUGGUUUCAUCCAUCAGUUAGACUCAAUUUGGGUUUUCCCAGAAUAUUGAGUUCCACUUCUUCUUCUUUCAAGUCCAUCUCUACUGCCCUUGCAUUCCUCAACCCAACUCAAUCUUCUGAUGAUGAAUAUGCAUCAUCAUCAUCGUUGUCCUCAUCUACUGCCUCUUCUUCUUAUGCUAAUAGUACUGCAACUGAUAUUUCUGGUUAUACCCACAACCUUAACACCACCAAAACUAGCACCCCUGUAGCUCAGGACUUAUUUGAUGCGUCCCGGGUUGUCCAAAUCUUGAACUCUAUGAAAAGGGAUCCCAAGACCGCAAUUUCAUUCUUUGACCGGUUAAAGGAACAGGGUUUCGCGCAUGAUGUAUCCACGUAUGCCGCGCUUGUUAGGAUCUUAUGCCAUUGGGGUCUGGAUAGGAAGUUGGAUGCUGUGUUUUUGGAAGUCAUUGUUGGGUCCUCUAAUGGCCAUCGUCAACACCCGGGUUUUGAAAUUUCUGAUUUGUUUGAAAGGCUUGUGGUGGUGGAGGGAUUGCAGGCUGAUGAGACAUUGGUUAGAGCAUACAAUGCGUUGGUUAAGUCUUAUGUUAGUAUCGGUAUGUUUGAUGAGGCCAUUGAUGUUUUGUUCCAAACGAAGAGACGGGGGUUCAUUCCUCAUAUCUUCACUUGUAAUUUUCUAAUGAAUCGAUUAAUUGAGCAUGGCAAAGUGGACAUGGCUGUGGCUAUUUAUGAGCAGCUGAAGAGAUUAGGUUUGAGCCCUAAUGAUUACACCUAUGCAAUUGUGAUCAAGGCACUCUGCAGGAAGGGUGAUUUGGAAGCAGCUGUUCAUGUGUUUCAGGAGAUGGAGGUAGCAGGGAUUACUCCUAGAGCUUUUGCUUACACUGCAUAUAUCAAAGGGCUUUGCACCCAUCAGAGGUCGGAUUUGGGAUAUCAAGUGCUACAAGCAUGGAAAGGGGCAGAUGCCCCUAUAGAAGCGUAUGCUUAUGCUGCCGUCAUUCGUGGAUUCUGUGACGAGAUGAAAUUAGAUGAUGCAGAGAGUGUCUUUCUUGAUAUGCAAAAACAAGGGGUGGUCCCUGAUGCACAAAGCUAUGGUGCAUUGAUCCGUGGGUACUGCAAGAGUUGCAAUUUGCUAAAAGCUUUGGCUCUCCAUAAUGAUAUGGUGUCAAAGGGUAUAAAAAGUAACUGUGUGAUUGUUAGCUCGAUUCUUCAAUGCAUGUGUAACAUGGGCAUGUCUUCGGAAGCAUUGAGUCUAUUUGAAGAAUUUAAGGGGUCUGGAAUUUUUCUUGAUGAGGCGUCAUACAAUAUUGUGGUGGAUGCUUUGUGCACACAGGGGAAAGUUGAAGAAGCUGUGCAACUGCUUGAAGAAAUGAAAGGUAAGCGUAUGAAUUUAGAUAUUAUGCACUAUACAACCUUGAUUAAAGGGUAUUGUUUCAUAGGAAAAAUUGUUGAUGCCUUGAAUCUAUUUGAGGAAAUGAAGGAAAACGGUUUCAAGCCUGAUAUCAUUGUUUAUAAUGUACUUGCUGCUGGGUUUUCUAGAAAUGGCCUUGCAUCUGAGGCACUUGACCUUUUGGAAUAUAUGGAGGCACAGGGUUUGAAACCAAACUCUGUUACACACAACAUGAUUAUUGAAGGUUUAUGUAAAGGUGGCAAAGUAAAGGAAGCUGAAGAAUUUCUAAGUACUUUAGAGGAUAAGAGUGUGGAUAAUUAUUCUGCUUUGGUUAAUGGGUACUGUGAAGCCAACUGUACAAGUGAGGCCUAUAAACUUUUUGUUAGGCUGUCAAAGCAAGGAUUUUUAAUUAAAAAAAGUUCAUGCGUUAAACUACUCACUAACCUUUGCUUGGAAGGUGUCUGUGAUGCAGCUCUUAUGGUGCUUGAGACAAUGUUGGCAUUGAAUGUAGAACCAAGUGAGAUAAUGUACAGUAAAGUCUUAGCUGCUCUUUGUCGGGCUGGAGAUAUGAAAAAGGCUCGAUGGUUUUUUGAUUUUUUAGUUGAAAAAGGGUCAAGUCCUGAUGUCAUUUCCUACACAAUGAUGAUACAUGGUUUUUGCAAAAUGAAUUGCUUACAAGAAGCACAGGAUCUCUUCCAUGAUAUGAAGGAGAGGGGGAUUGAACCUGAUGUCAUCACUUACACGGUUUUGCUAGAUGGUCUUUCCAAAACGAAUCUAAGAAGGGUUUGUUCCCCUUUAGAUGCAAGGGAAAAUAAGGAAGGGAAAGUGGAUGCUUCAACUGUUUGGACAGAAAUGGGGGACAAUGGUAUAAGACCUGAUGUUAUUUGUUACACUGUUUUAAUUGAUAGGUACUGUAAGACAGAAAACCUUCAGGAUGCUGUUGCCCUCUUUGAUAAUAUGAUUGACAGAGGACUAGAACCUGAUACAGUGACAUACACAGCUCUUUUGUCUGGCUAUUGUAAUAAGGGAGAUGUGGAUAAGGCUGUGGACCUCUUUAAGGAGAUGUCUACUAAGGGAAUACUGACAGAUACCCGCACUGUCUCUAUUCUACACCACGGAAUUAUAAAAGCCAAGAAACUGCAAUUUCGGAGAUAGCACUCUAUUGACUGCCAACGGUCAGAUGAACCCAAAAUCCAAAAACUAGUUCAGUCAACUAUUCAAAGGUGGCUGUUGAUUUUGCAGGCAGAGCAGAAAGGAAGCUCUAUGGGUAGGCCUCUCUAAAGUCACUCAUCUUCAGAUUUUUAUUUGACGAAAGAGGUCACUGUGCUUUCCAUUUACACCAGGUACUCUUUUCAAAGAACCAAAUAUCUGCAAAAACAUCCCCCAUCUUGAAAGAGGUUGGACUGAGCCUAUGUACAUUAAAUGUCAUGCUUUUGAUGAUCAGUACAGGACAAAUGAUACAGUUAUACCAGGAUCCAGAAAACUUAAAUUGGUAUUUGUACUGGAUAAACAUGAUGAGAAGAAAGAGUUAGAGGUUUUCAACUUUACUGGUGCUGGAGGUGUAGCCUUGUCCAUGGAUAACACCGAUGAGUCCAUUCAUGCUUUUACCGAGGCUUCAAUGAAUACUGCUUACCAGAAAAGGUGGCUACUUUAUCUUAGUACUAAAAACACCAUUCUUAAGAAAUAUGAUGGAAGUUUCUUAUCAUGUGAAUUUCAUGAAGAUUCAAGGACAUAUUUCAGGAAGUUCAUGAAACUCAAUGGAAAUCUAAAUUUGAUGCUGCAGGGAUAUGGUAUGAAUACCGUCACUGAUAAUAUGGUACCUUAGGUUCUUAAAGUGAAGGAGGUUAUGUGGACUUGCAGAAACUAUGAUUGCAAUGUGCAGAGUGAUUGUUUUGCCCAAUGUUUGUAUCAAUGCGUGAAUUGUAUGAAAAGUUUUUAGCUCUUGGAGUGUCCUAACUGAGUGUUAAGUUAUUCAUCUAGUUUACGAUAAAAACUCUUGCCAUUGGUACAGGAUUUGGAUCUCUUGUGCUGGUGACAUCAGUGCUGGGGUGUGCCUAGAUGGAAAGACAAUCAAACCUGAAGCAGCACAUGGGACAGUUACCACUAUUACUGGCUCCAUCAGAGAGGUGGUGAAACCAGCAUAAACAGCAUAGCAUCAACAUUGGCUUUAACACGAGGUCUUGCACACAGGU